AAACCUACUUUUUUACAGCAUGUUUUAACCAACUGCUGUCAUAGUGAUUUUCGGAGCCCGAACAGAACAGAACACAAGGGUCAAACAGACGGAGGAGCAGUUAUUGGCUGUGAUGGCGGGUUAUUAAAGAUCUCCGCAUCUCAGUUUAUUCAGCACGACAUUAACAGAAGGGCAGAACAAGCCAAUAUCAUUUACACGCGUGUGACUCAAGCGCGCGUAAGUGACGUAUAUAGAUGACGCUCAGUCAAUCCGCGCGCUGGAGUAUUCGGUUUUAAUCCGUUGAAGCGCCGCUGUCCGUUCAGCACCAGCGACUGUGAGAAGAGGGUUCACGCGCGUUACAAACGGCAGAAAAGUCUACACAUUCGGACAGCUGCUUGUUUAUGAGUGAUUUCCACUAGAGAGAGGGAGUUCUGCGCGUUUUACACGUCUGUGACGAGGACUUCAACAGUUUGUUGGGCAGUUUGAGUGAGGGAAAUUGCCCCUGCAUAAAGAAAGCGUCGUGUUUUAAAGCCAGUAGCGGCUAAUAUUUCUGGUUUCUGUCUUGUAUUUGCUUAUAAGUGAUUAUUAUUAGCGUUAUCGUCGAGCUCUCGUCGGAUUUUAUUUCUCCAACGGUUUUUUUAUUUGUUUUAACCGUCAUUUGUAUUUUCGAAUAUCAACGUCUCAACGAAUUUCCGUUAUUUUACUCUGAACGACUUACUUCGGUCAAACUUACUGAACUGACUCACCUUUUUUCGUUUGGAAGAACGAAUAAGUCGUGAGAGCUUUCUUUGGGGUACUGAUGCUGCUUUAAAGCGCAGCUGUCUGUUCAGCACUACCGACUGAGAGAAGAGCCUUGACUGCAGAAAAGUCUACACAUUCGGACAGCAGCUUGUUUCUGUGUGAUUUCCACUAGAGAGACGGAGUUCUGCGCGUUUUACCCGUCUGCGAGGGAGACUUCAACAGUUUGUUGAGUGAGGACAUUUUUCCUCAAAGGAAACUUGCAGAUAAUAUUAGGUAUUUCUGCCUUUUGUGCGAUUUUAAGUGAUUAUUGUUAGCGUUAUCAUCAAGCUAUCGUCGAUUUUUUGUUUCCAAGGUGGUGUUUUUGCUUUGUUUUAACCGUCAAAUGUAUUUUCGAAUGUCAACGAGUCAACGGAUUUCGUUUAUUUUACUCUGAACGACUUAUUUAGUCAAACUUACUGAACUGACUCACCUUUUAUGUGGUUUGACGAACGAAUCAGUCGUAAUGAGAGCUUUAUUUGUGGCACUGCUGCUUGUUUACGCGUCAGGGAGCGGGAAAGUGGCUGGCGCGAAUGGCGCGAAAGGAAACCGCUUCGUGUGUACGGCUGUGCCCGCGGGCACCGACCUCAGCUGCCCGGUGGAAACCACCAACCGUGUGCAGAGCACAAGCCCGCAGGAGGAAGAGUUGCGGAAUACGAUCAUCCAGCUCCGAGAGACCAUCCUGCAGCAGAAGGAAACUAUCGUCAGCCAGCAGGGCACCAUCAAAGAGCUCAACUCCAAACUCGCGCGCUGCGAGGCGGACGUCAGGUCCCGGGGCAGCGCGCGCAGGAAGGAUUACAGUAAGAACACGAUGGGCGAUCUGCCGCGGGACCCCACCGAGAGCGUGGAGCAGCUGGGGAAGACCAUGCAGAGCCUGAAAGACAGACUAGAGAGCCUUGAGCAGCAGCUGCGCACCAACACAUCCAAUGGAGCGUUCCCCAGUGAGCUGAGAGACCUGCUGAAGCGGCGUCUGAGUGAUCUGGAGGGCCAGCUGCUGACCAGAGUCGCCGAACUGGAGGAAGAGAAAAGCCAACUCUACAACGAGACUGCAGCGCACCGCCAGCGCACCGAAAACACCCUCAACUCCCUGCUGGAGAGGAUCACCGAGCUGGAGAAAAGUAACAGCGCGUUCAAGUCUCCAGAGGACUUUAAAGUGGCUCUGCCUCUGCGCACCAACUACCUGUACGGACGCAUCAAGAAGAGUCUGCCGGAGAUGUACGCCUUCACUGUCUGCAUGUGGCUUAAGUCCAGCGCCAGUCCUGGAAUCGGGACCCCGUUCUCAUACGGCGUGCCCGGACAAGCCAAUGAGAUUGUGCUGAUCGAGUGGGGAAACAGUCCAAUGGAGCUCCUUGUCAAUGAUAAGGUGGCUCAGCUUCCUCUCUCGGUGAGUGACGGCCGCUGGCAUCACAUCUGCAUCACCUGGACCACCAGAGACGGCUUCUGGGAGGCUUAUCAGGACGGAGAGCGGCUGGGCACCGGAGAAAACCUGGCCCCCUGGCACCCAAUUAAACCUGGCGGAGUCAUUAUCCUGGGCCAAGAGCAGGACAUCGUAGGCGGCAGGUUUGAUGCCACUCAAGCUUUCGUAGGAGAGUUAAGCCACUUCAACAUGUGGGACCGAGUCCUGCGUCCCAUAGACAUCUCCGCUAUGGCCAACUGCUCCGCCUACAUGCCUGGCAACGUGGUGCCGUGGGUCGACGCCAACGUCGAGGUGUUCGGCGGCGCCACAAAAGCAGCGCUGGAGAUUUGCGAAGAACGGCUCUUUGAUUCCUAAAGGACACGUUUUGAAGAGCUCGCAUUAUCUGAGGUAACCCACGUCCUGGGGUCUGAUCCGGGAAAACCGAAACAAACACGUUUACAUGAUUCCUCUCACGCACAAACACUCACACACACACACAAUGGCUUAUUUUGAUCUUCUUACGUUCGUUUGCAGAGACUCCAGCCUGAGUGGAAACUAAAAGGACUGCGAUUAAUUAAUGAAAUAAAGGAAAGUCAAGGUCAGAGCGUCUGUGACUCCGUCUGAAGUGAAACUUUCUUAUUUUCGAUGUUAUAUACGCUUCUCUCUGUGCCGCGUCCUUCACAAACUUCACGAGCUCGUGGGUAUUUUAAGAACUGCUGUAAAAGAUUUGUAUUGAUUUAUUUUUUCUGCUGUUCUCGCUUUUGUCAUGUCGUGUACAGGCCGAUGCCCUUCAAACCGCCGAGGAGAAAAGAAAAUGAAAAUGCACAAAAUUAAAGGAGCAAAAACAUGAGAGACAUCAUCGCUUUUGUCUGUGAUUGUCGGAUUUUUAAACCUUCUGUAUUGUGGUUAUUCGUGAGCGGACGUCCGGAAAACUUAACGUAGCAAAGCGGCCAAGGACUGAGCUCUCAGAAAUCCUCACGGGACGCUUCACCUCAUUUGAUUUCAUUCACUUUAUGAAUGUCAGAUUUUGAGAGGUGUGUUUGAAAUGAUUUGACACGGCGUUAUGAGAUUAACUUGACGGGGAAUGUGUGUCAUAACGUUUUAUUAAAAUAUGCGUGUGUGUGCAUGUGUGUGUGUGUGUGUCAUGGGGUUUUAAAUCAACCCUUGCACAAAGCGCUGGAAUAAAAUGGGACUAUUUUUUGCUGGAGAUGAAACGGAAAUAUUGAUGGCCGCUAAUGAGGAUGACAGCGCGUGUGCUUGUUUAAAGCGCAGCGUCAGGAGUGUUUGAUUUAUCUGACAGUUUGAUGCUACAAACAGGGUGAAUCUCAUGAAAGUUGUCAAAAACAUGCGCAGGUCAUAUUCCCCCUCGAAAACAAAGUGAAGAAAUUGAAUCAGCUUUUGAAAUGAGGCCCUGUUAUUUGCAUUGUAACAUUAUUUUCAUGACUCUUAUUAUAAGCAGAUUUGCUUUUGCUUCUCAUUAGCAUAUUGCAGAACUUCAUAUAUAUUUAAUUUUUAUUGUGAAGCGUUAAGGUUAGUAUUUAUUUGUGCCUUUGCUGCUUUUUUAUAUUCCUUACAAAUCCGUUUGAAGGUUCCACUGGUGUUUUUAUUUUUCUGCACAGUUUUCAUAAUUUCUGAUGAUAAUUAUUAAAAAUCCAUUCGUUCUGCAUUUUUAGUAAUUAUGAUCCCGGUGAUUUGUAUUUUAAAAUAAAGGCACAUUUUUUAAGUGAGAAAUAAAGACUCGCCAAAGAGUGAACUUCUA